CCCAGUGGUGGUGCGAGGCUUGCUUGCAGAUUUUCCGGUGGAAGGUGGAGCGCAACCAACCCAACUCCAAGGGAACCCCGUUCACACCGCUGUGCCAAUCGUUCUCGGUUUGGACCACCAGCAACACCUAGAAUCUCACUUGGCACCAUAAACCUUCUUUUUGUCUAAUGAACAAUUUAGGAUUCCUUGAAUUAAUCAUGAAUCAUUCCCAUUUUCUAUGAAUUUUAUGAUUAAUUCAUCAAACAAUCGUGAACCUACAAAUUAUUCAUUUAAUGUAGGGCUAGAACGGGUCAGACUAGGUUGGGCUAUGUUUCUGUUGAAAUUCAGCUCGAAAUUUUUUUGGACUCAAGGCUAGGCUUAGGCUCGAGAUUUUUCAAAAUACUGGCAUGAUCUCAAGCUCAUCAGAAACCCAAGUGCAUUGACCCAAAUUAGUCUUUUUGGACCAAAAGACUGGACCAACUUAUGGCCAGUUGACCUAAUUUUUAGCUCGAUUGGCCCCUACAUGGCUUGAUUGGACUUGCCAAAUUAAUGAGAAAUAGUAAAAAUUACAUUUUUUAACAAUAAUGCACCAUAGUAUGACCACAACUGCCUAAGAAAUAGGAUAUCUUGCUUUAAAAUACUAGAAAAAUACUAACUCCACGGGAAUACUAACAAAAAGGAAAAGAUGAUUCUUUUUUCUUUUAUUUUGAACGAGAGAAUGAGGGGAAGGAUAUUAUAGGUGGGCUCGAAGAGGGAGAGGACAACAGAAGGGAGGAGGCUAGAGCCGAUCAAAUAGAGGAGAGAGUAGACCUCGUCAUGCUAGGAAGGCCAUUCAAAACUGUAUGGGUCCAACGAAUUAUGGUUGUCGAACCCUAACUCUCCAAGAACAGUGCCCAUAGUUGGGCACCACUCAUCUCUUCGCCUUUUCAUCUCUCUCUCUCACAGCGGUAGAGAAGGGAUCAGAAACAUUGGAUGUGCCGAUCUUUUUGUACUUGGAAAGGGGGGUCUCUAGCAUUGGAUUGUUGACCAGCAACGAUGAGAGGAGGAGGGGGCUAGUGGAAGUGGAUGGAGAAGCGAAGAGCUAGAGAGAUGUAGAGAGCAUAAGGGUCAAAGAGAAAUUUGGGACAAGAGACUUAGGGAUCGAAGGUUUUAGCCCUCCCCUCUCACCCGUAGGCAGUCAAUCUCACUGCCUUAGCUUGGUAAAUAGACGAAUUAGAUUCACUGAAGAAAAGGUCCGACCAAAUUGAGCCGCAGGGCCUGGUUGGAUAUAGAGCUAGGACAGGUCUCGGGCCUUGUUCUAGUCCUAUUUUUGGGUUUGAUUUCGGGCUCGAUUUUUGAUCUCGGCUCAAGCUCGGGCUUCGGGGUGGAGCUAAGCAUCGACACAAGCCUAGCCAAAAAUUCUUUCAGGUUCUACUCUUAGAUCCGACCCAACCUAAACUAUUUUAAGCCUAGCCUAUGGUCAGACUAGAAGCUGGCCCAAGUCCACUUUUGACAUAGUUGAACAACUUUGUGGAAUAGUAAAAUUUAAACAAUUAAUGAAUUUUUCAAAUUAUCACAUAGUCUUGUUAUUAUAGUUGCAACAAGAUAAUAUCUUAUAUUUUACUUGGGCAAAAUGACUCUUGGAAGGUUAUAGUCUUGUUUCUACAUCUCUAGUGUGAUUUAGAAGUGGGAACAUCAUAUUCAAUUCUAGAGACCAAACCUUGUUGAUCUUUUUAUAAUUAGAUUUUUUUUUUAUACACAUCAUACUUGUAUACACCUCAAAGAAUGGAAAGCUAUACACCUCAAAGAAUGGAAAGCCUUCUUGUUGUGAAUGGUGGUACUAUUUUCCAAGGUUAGUUUACAAAUGGUUGGAGAAAUAGUGAUCUUGAACUAAAUAACACGGUAGCAAGAUUAUUCAGUAUAUAUGUGAUAUCUUAUAGUUGAAUAAUUUUAUUUAUUGUAUAAAACUCCUGAUGAACUGUAAUUUAUUACUAAGAUCAAACUUUUUUUGGAUAGACCAAACACCAAGAAAGAGAAUAUAAGACAGACAAGAGCUACUCUGGUAGGACACCUGGCCUGUCCAGCAAAGAAAGUAUAGUUCAUAGUGGAACCCGACAUGGCAGAGGCGGCUGUACUUCUAGCAAUUCAAAAGAUCGGUGUUUCUUUGGGUGGAGAAGCACUGAGACAAGCUAGUUCUCUGUUCGCAAAUGAAGUCUCAUUGUUGACUCAACUACCAAGUACUAUGAGCCGUAUCCAGAGUGAACUUUCGGUAAUGCAAGCCUUCCUCGGUCAUAUAGAUACUCGAACUGAUAAUAAUCAAGUCCUUGAAGCUUGGGUUCAGCAGGUACGGAAACUGGCAUAUAGUGUUGAGGACAUUAUGGAUGAGUAUGUGUAUCUCAUAGCUCAACAGCAAGGGAGCGGGUUAGGAGGCUAUCUCAAAAAAGUAGUAAAAAGAUCCCAAAAUUUGGUUGCCUUCCAUCAAAUUGCUGCUUGGCUGAAAGAAUUGGAAGCUAAUUUGGUUCACCUUUCACAAAUGAAGGAGCGAUGGAUUAAGACAACAGAGGGAGCAAUGGGUAGUAGUUCACAUAAUGCUAGUAAAAAGCAGCAGAAUUUAGCAGACUCUUCUCAUUUCAUGGAUGAAGAUGACCUUGUGGGGAUUGGCCAAAACAAAAAAAAAUUAACUGAAUGGCUACUUGAUGAGGAUCCAGUUGGCUCUAUAAUAUCCCUAUGGGGUAUGGGGGGAUUGGGCAAAACAACCCUUGUCACCAAUGUAUAUAAAAGUGAGAGAAAAAAGUUUGAAUGUCAUGCAUGGAUAUCCGUCUCACAAACUUACGAGGUGGAUGAUCUUUUAAGAAGAAUGAUAGUGGAGCUGAAUGAAAACGAAAAAGGAGAGAAAGUUGCGAUUGACCUCAAAGGAAUGGACUAUAGAAGGUUAGUUGAAAGAGUAAGGCUUUUUCUAGAGAAAAAAAGAUUUUUGAUCAUACUGGAUGAUGUAUGGGAUCUGAAAGCUUUCAAUGCUAUUCGUGAUACCAUUAAUGUUGAUGAUGACAACAAUGGAAGCAGAAUAAUCAUUACAACCCGAAGUGCUGAGGUAGCUUCACUAGCACAUGAUGGUCGGAAUCUUAAGCUCAAGCUUUUGGAAAGCACUGAGGCAUGGGAUCUGUUCUGUAAGAGGGCAUUUUGGAAAGAUAAGGAGAGGAGAUGUCCUCAAGAACUAGAGGAGUUGGGGAAGAAAAUUGUAUCAAAAUGUCAAGGGUUACCACUAGCUAUUGUCUCUUUAGGAAGUCUUUUGUCCCUGAGAGAGAAAACCAAGUCAGAAUGGGAGAAAGUUUAUGAUCAGCUGAGCUGGGAGUUGAAUAACAACCCAAAUUUGGACCAUGUGAAGCAUGUUCUGAAUCUCAGCUAUAACUAUUUGCCGAGAUAUCUUAAGAACUGCUUCUUGCAUUGCAGCAUGUUCCCGGAGGAUCAUAUGCUUCAGAGAAAGAGGCUUAUGAGGCUAUGGGUCGCAGAGGGAUUUGUGGAGGAAAGGGGAUCAAGCACAAUGGAAGAAGUGGCAGAGGACUAUCUCAAGGAGCUCAUCCAUCGAUGCAUGCUUCAAGUUGUAAAAAGGAAUCAAUUUGGUAGAAUAAAACACUGUCGGAUGCACGAUCUUGUACGAGAAUUGGCUGUAUCAUUGUCUAAGAAGGAAAAUUUUAGUGCGGUACUUGAUGAUCUUCAGAUGGUGGGGAAGACGGGUGAUGAAACACGCCGCCUGUCAGUGCACGGAUACAGUAACGAAAUCCAAUCGAGUAUGGAGUUGCCAAGACUUCGCACUUUCGUGGUGUUUGACCCUUCAAUGUCCUCAUCAUCAUCAUCCUUCUCUUCGCUGUGUUCCAGCUCUAGACAUUUGACCGUCUUAGAUCUGCAAGGCAUCUCGAUUGAGAGAGUACCAGAUGAAAUCGGGGACUUAUUCAAUCUCCACUUUUUGGGUCUGAGGGACACAAAGGUGAAGGUGCUACCAAAAUCCUUGGGAAGGCUUCGUAACCUGCAGACGCUCGACCUCUAUAGAAGUGAAAUAGAGAAACUGCCAAGCAUGACAAGGAACCUCAAGAAGUUGCGUCACUUGUUUGCCGAGAAGAUUCUCGAUCCAAAUUAUAAUACUCUAAAUGAUCGGAGAGGUGUGCAAGCUCCGAAAGGGUUGUGGAAUUUGAAAGAUCUGCAAACUCUCCAAGCAGUGGACGCAAACAUGGAAUUUGUGAGACGGCUAGGCAACUUGACCCAACUAAGAAGCGUUCGGAUAUGGAAAGUGAGCGGCAUCCAUUGCAAAGACCUUUGUGCUUCGUUAUCAAGGUUGCAUCACCUAUACUACUUGUGCCUUACUGCAAGCAACGAGAAUGAGAUUCUCCAGUUGGGAGGCUGGGAUCAUCCACCUCAGCAUCUUCUAAAGCUUGAGCUGGAUGGGCGGCUAGCAGAAGGGACGAUGCAGUUGCCUUUAUUUCGUGCCCUUGGAGCUAGCCUUCGGACAUUGCAUCUGGGUUGGAGUGGGUUGGUAGAGGAUCCAAUUCAAUCCCUCUCUCAGUUGCGCGACCUCGGACAACUCACACUGAAGAAGGCAUAUGACGGGCAACGAUUGCGGUUUGGCAUAGGAUGGUUCCCUAACUUGAAGCAACUCUCGUUAUACGAUAUGCCGCACCUUAACCAGGUUGAGGUAGAGGAUGGCGCCAUGGCAAGGCUGGAGUACCUAGUCCUCGAUGGCCUACUCGCGUUAAAGGAUGUUCCACGAGGCAUCGAAUAUCUCACAUCCCUCCAGGAACUGUACUUGAAGGAUCUGCAUCCAGAAUUCAGAGGGAGGUUCGAAGAAAGCGACGACAAGAACAAGAUUCAGCGCAUCCCUGAUGCCUAUUAUAUUUUUAAGAGCGGAGACAAAACAAUAUAUGAAAGCCUUUCAUGAUCCAUCCCUCUGCCCACUUAUCUGGAACCACCAAGAAAAUCAUUUUAGGGAGUCGAGAACAAGCUCACAAGAUUAAAAUUCUCGCAGAUAUUUUAUUAAAAUUUUCUCUUUCUAGUUAUAAUGUACUUUGCUCAUAAAGAUCUGUAUGCCGUGUAUUAUGUGUAUAAGUGCUUGCCCUAUUCUAUUAGGAUCCAUUCAAUAUACUCAAAAUGUGGUGUCUUUAAAUGCUCAUAUAGUCAUGAUGAUGUGUAAUAUAUGUUUUUUUCCAUUAGAUUGCUUAUGUAAUUAGCUGGAAAUUACUUUUUCCUAAGAUCUUCUAUUUUUCGGUUGGGUGAGGAUAAUUUAGUUUGUUAUUUUAUUA